AUGUAUAUAACAAAUUUUGAGGAGGAUUCUCAAGAAAAUCAUUCUUGGAGGAUGAGCUUUGACCGAGCUUCAAAUGCGUUGGGCAAUGGGGUUGGGGCAAUCCUGGUAUCUCCAAAUGGAGAUCAUCAUCCUUUCACCAGUAAGUUAAACUUUGAUUGCACCAAUAACAUGGCUGAAUAUGAAGCUUGCGUCACGGGUAUCCGGGCAGCCAUAGAGCGAAAAAUCAAGACACUAGAAGUAUUUGGGGACUAUACAUUGGUAAUAUACCAGCUAAAAGGAGAAUGGGAAACGAGAGACCCAAAGUUAAUCCAUUAUCGAAGAUUGGUUCUGGAUUUGAUUGAAGAGUUUGACAAUAUCACUUUCUGGUAUCAGAUGGCUGAUGCUCUGGCUACACUAGCCUCCAUGAUUAAAGUGAAUAAAUUAGAAGACAUGAAGCCCAUUCAAAUCAGUAUUUAUAAGAUCCCGACCCAUUGCUACAACAUUGAAGAGGUGGAGAAUGAUAAUUGCCCUUAG